ACCAUGCGGGAAAUCUGCCACUUACAAACUGGCCAGUGUGGAAAUCAAGUCGGCGCCAAAUUCUGGGAAGUGAUAUCCGACGAGCACGGCAUUGAUCCAACCGGAACGUAUCAAGGGAGUUCCGAUUUGCAGUUGGAACGGAUAAAUGUCUACUACACCGAGGCGCUUGGUAAGACUCGGGAAUCAGGCGGAAAGUACGUGCCACGAGCAGUACUCGUAGAUUUGGAACCCGGUAGCUUGGACACGGUGAGGUCGGGUCCGUACGGUCAGUUAUUCCGACCGGAUAACUUCGUUUUCGGGCAAUCUGGUGCGGGCAACAACUGGGCAAAGGGGCAUUAUGCCGAAGGUGCCGAAUUGAUGGAUUCUGUGUUCGACGUAAUAAGGAAAGAAGUCGAAGAUUGCGAUUGUCUCCAAGGGUUCCAAAUGACCCAUUCGCUAGGUGGUGGUACUGGUGCAGGGAUGGGCACGCUUAUGAUAGCAAAAAUCCGCGAAGAGUACCCGGACCGCAUGAUAUCCACGUUCAGCAUCGUCCCAUCGCCAAAAGUAUCCGACACCGUCGUGGAACCGUACAACAUGACGCUAUCUGUGCACCAGCUGAUAGAGAACGCCGACCAGACGUACUGCAUCGACAACGAGGCGCUGUACGACAUUUGUUUCCGGACGCUGAAGCUGAACACGCCCACGUACGGCGAUCUGAACCAUCUGGUGUCGGCGGUCAUGUGCGGCGUUACCACGUGCUUCCGGUUUCCCGGGCAACUGAACACCGACCUCCGGAAGCUGUCGGUCAACAUGGUGCCGUUCCCGCGGCUGCACUUCUUCAUCACCGGGUUCGCGCCGCUUACAUCCCGCGGCGGCCAGCCGUACAGGGCGCUGUCCGUGCCGCAACUCGUCCAGCAGAUGUUCGACACCAAGAACAUGAUGGCCGCGUGCGACCCCCGGAACGGCCGGUACCUGACCGCCGCGUGCAUAUUCCGCGGCCGCACGUCCAUGAAGGAGGUGGACGAGCAGAUGCUCAACGUGCAAACGAAAAACUCGAGUAACUUUGUUGAGUGGAUACCGAACAACACCAAGACGGCCGUGUGCGACAUACCGCCCAGGGGCUUCAAGAUGUCGGGCACGUUCGUCGGCAACACGACCGCCAUCCAGGAGAUGUUCAAACGGGUAUCCGUGCAGUUCACCGCCAUGUUCCGGCGGAAGGCGUUCUUGCACUGGUACACGGGCGAAGGCAUGGACGAGAUGGAGUUUGUCGAGUCCGAGGCCGACAUGCACGACCUGGUGUCCGAGUACCAGCUGUUCCAGGAGGCGACCGUCGAAGAACUGGACAUCGAAGACGAAGAAUAA